AAGAAAGGAAGUGCAUUGGCGUGGCAGAGUUGGAGGGGCUGAGUUGGAGGGAGCAGUAUGUCCGCGGAAAUCUCCGAGGCGGCCUCCGCGGAGGAGCAGAAGGAAAUGGAAGAUAAAGUGACUAGUCCAGAGAAAGCUGAAGAAGCAAAAUUAAAAGCAAGGUAUCCUCAUCUGGGACAAAAGCCUGGAGGUUCAGAUUUCUUAAGGAAACGCUUACAGAAAGGGCAAAAAUAUUUUGAUUCUGGGGAUUACAACAUGGCUAAAGCAAAAAUGAAGAACAAGCAACUUCCUACUGCAGCCCCGGAUAAGACAGAGGUCACUGGUGACCACAUUCCUACUCCACAGGACCUUCCGCAGCGGAAACCAUCCCUUGUUGCUAGCAAGCUGGCUGGCUGACUCAGAGAGCUGAACUGCAUGGAUCUUCUAAUUCCCAUUGUUUCUUCUUAAUAUGUUACUUCUCAGCUUUUUAUUUCCUUUCAAUUCACUAAGUCGUUUGAGACUUCACAGCUUUGUGUGUGUGUAUGCUGCUAUUGUAAGAGAAUAUGUAGAAUUUUUAAGUAGUUUAAUAGUGCACUGAUGACAAGUACAUGUUAGAGCAACAUAAAGUAAUCUACUUGAAAAUAAUUGUGUAUAUUAUCUCACUCCUAGUGUAGGACUGGUU